UACCAGCCUCCACAGUAGCGGCUGAAAACAGACAGCUGAGAGCCAAGCGGAGGACAGGGCGAUAAAGGUUCCCAGGGCAGCCAUGGCGGCGCCGAUUGCCCACUUCGAUGAGGACUGGCAGGACUUUAAUGAAUUCCAGCCAUCCUCGGAGGCGGUUGAACAGCUGGACCAGCUGAAUUCGAAUGUCGGGGACACACCGGGCCUCGACGACUUCUCCGACCUGGACAACAGUUUCUCCGGGGAGGUUUGCAGCUUCAAGUCGAUGGAGGACCUGGUCCACGACUUCGACGAGAAGCUAACUAUGUGUUUCCGAAACUUCAACACUGCGACGGAAAACAUUGCUCCUAUCAAACCUAUCACAGAGGAGAAUUUCCUAAAAGACGACGAGGUGUGGAACUCUUUGACCAAUAACUUCGGCAAUGUGAUGCCUGUGGACUGGAAAACUUCCUACACUCGCUCCCUGCACCUUCCUGCCCUCAAACUCACAGAGCGAGAGGGACAGAAGCUGGAUAACCAGUCUUUGGAUCCGUCUGAUGAUGAAGAUGAGGACUUGCGGGAACAGUUGGAUAUGCACUCAAUCAUAGUGUCCAGCAUUAAUGAAGAGCCUCUUUUCACUGCUGAACAGGUGAUUGAGGAGAUAGAAGAGAUGAUGCAGGAGUCUCCAGACGAUGACGAGAGUCCCUCCCAGUCGGACCUGUCGAUGCUCUCCCAGGACGUCGGUGCUUUAAAACGAUCAGGCUCCAACACCAGCUUUGAGGACCAGCUUCGCCAGCUGUCUGUGUCGGAGAUUAGCCGGACGCUGGAGGAAGUGGAGGCGGCCAUCCGUCGCUACAGUGAAGAGCUCAUCCAGGCCCUGGCACUGAGAGACGAGCUGGACUUUGAGAAGGAGGUGAAGAACAGCUUCAUCUCGCUGCUGAUCGACGUACAGAACAAACAGAAGGAGCACCGGGAGCUGCUGCGCAAGAAGAAGAAAAUCCGCAGUACGACUACGUCAGGACCCAACGGCCAGAGGAUAAACAGCACGCACAUACCGGGCACGCUCCUCACUCUGGAGGGACUCUCCAAUGUCAUUCAAAGUGGUCUCCGUCAAACUUUUGGCCACUCAGGAGGGGACAAACAGUAUCUGACCACAGUGAUCCCCUAUGAAAAGAAGGCGGGCUCUCCUUCUGUAGAAGACCUCCAGAUCCUCACAAAGAUUCUUCAUGCCAUGCGGGAUGACAGUGAGAAGGUGCCAGCGCUCCUAACAGAUUACAUACUCAAAGUUCUUUGUCCCACGUAAAAUAAGAGGCGACACCUUUUUGUCUUCAGUCGACCAGCAGAGGAGGGUUAUGAUCGUUUGGAAAAAAUGCAGGAACUCAUUGAACUCCAAACCUACUCUACCUUCCUCCUCAGUUUUCCUCAUGGUACUUUUACCUCUGCCUCUCCUUUACCUCUGAUACGACUCGUAGGCUUUGUAGUUCUUUUAAAUUCUAAUAUUUUAGCUUUUUCCCUUUUACUUAGUGCCCCAUUGUUUUAUAUACUGAUAAUACACUGGUGCAUCUCAGUAAAUCCACACAUCAUCAUAAAGAUAGUUUUAUUCAUUUAAUGCAAAAGAGCAACUCAUUUAAAAUGGAUUUAUUACUCUGAGUGAUGUAUUCAUUUUUCUCGGAUCAGUUUUGAUAGUUAUAGUUUAAAAACAAAGGAAAAUACCAACUUCACCCUUAAUUGGAUAUAGGAAAACAUAACAGGUCAUUGCUAAAGAAGAGUUCAGAGUUAUGUAGCAAAGUAUAAUAUUGGUAAGUUAAUUGGAAGGAAAAAGUAUGGUAAAAAAACAAAAAAAGGUGCACAGUUUAAAAAAUGACAGCAUUUUAAAGGCUCUAUAAAACAGGCUGUUUGCCUUCAUGCCUUAUUGUUGCUGUAAUUUACACAAAAUGAGCCUAUUUUAAGUUUACUUUAUAGUACAAAAAAGCUCCUUUAUAGUAAUGUGACUUUUUUAUAUUUUUGUAUAUUGGUUUAAAAUACUUUAAUCUUUCUAUCAAAAUUACUUUGCCGUUUCCCUCAGCUGUAGACUAUAAUCAUCGAAAAAUAUAAAUUCUAUGUAAUCAAUUUAUUUGUGUUGUUUUUUUAGCUAAAAUGCAAAAAUGAGAUUAACUUUGUUUGAUACUUCAAUGUGUUGAGAUGCACCAGUAGUUCUUCAUGUGUGGAUGCCAGUAAUCAGUGUUAGCCUCAACACCUCACUUCCUGUUUGGCCAGGUGCUCUCGGAUAAAAAACGGUCCUUAAAGGUUUUUCAACUCUCUGGAAUCAGUCAGCAGGCCUCAGUGAGCGAAGUGCAAUCUGUAUAGACUGCUUUGCUUAUCAAAUCCUGCAGCCGCACGGCAGGGAAAACAGAUCCCGGUUGAAUCCGGGGGAAAACAUACCAGGCAAGCCACAGGCAUCAAGCAUUUAUCACCUUAAGGACUUUUUAAAAUUUCUCCAUUUUAAAGAGAAAGCCCUUUAAUUUCCACCUUCUUUGAUGCAUGCUAGUUUCAGGUAUGAAGUGUGAAGCUGAAUGUUUAAAAUAAUAUGUCUUUAUGACAGAGAGAAAUUGCACAGUUUGAGAAAUUAUACAGUAAAAAAAGGGACAAAAUAGAACAAAGUAAAAAAAAAAUGAAUAUUUUUGAAUAAGAGACUUUUAGCAAGAUAAGGAACUUUAAUGAUUUUAUAAAUGUUGUGACGUCAACCCCAACAAACUUCCACUUUAGGCUCAUUUCAUACGUCUGAAAAUACCUCUCGUUUAAUAGUGUAUUGGUGAAAAUAAUGUGCUGUUGGGUAAGAUUUUAACAUCUAAUUGUUUUGUUCACAUAACUUAUCUGUGUUUUAGGUCUUUGGCUUUAAGAUUAUUGGAACAGCAAGGUUGCACUUUAUGAGUGACGCGACAGUGGAGACGAUAGAUUUCUGCAGAAUGUAGCACAGAGUGGGUCUGAUCAGCAAGUAAUGAAAGGUUUACCGUAGGUAAAAUAGAACAACUUUAGAUAAAAAUCCUUCAGGUUUUCCAAGAGAGAAGUCAACGAGUUAAACUUGUUUUGUGUUUUUUGCCAUUUUAAGUCAAAUAAUUUGAGAAGCUUCUGUGAUUUUUGUCAGUUACAAGAUUAAAUAUUUUCAGUAUUUAGUGAAGAAAUUGGGAAUCCUUUAUUGUAGAAUUUAUAGUAUAAAGAUAUGUUAUAUAGUUAAAGUUAGGAUGUAUGUAGUUUUAGUUUUUAACUAUAUAGAAGUAGGAAUUUAUUCCUUGAGAAUUUGUGCCAUGCAAGUCGAUUACAUUUUAUUCCCUUUCUGUGAUAUACUGCAUUUUGACCUUAAGAGAAGCCUGAUUGACACAGUAUAUGUAGAACAUAUCUAUUUUUUUUAGUCUAUAGUUGUUUAGUUAUAACUUUUUUUUUUUAUCCAGUCAAAAGUUUAAAACUACCUAAAAUUAUUGAAGGGCAGUCAGAGCGGUCUGGGUCUUUAAACUUAAUUUGAAUUGCCAGCAACCACCACUGCUCUAAUACUGUCCCAUGGAUGUCUUCCAUCUUCUGAUGUUUACUCUUUAUCAUUAUUGAGGAAAUUUGGCAGUUUAUGUAAAUGUAAAAUAGAAGAAUUUAAAACAUAAUGGAUCAAAUUUUUUCUUUAUCAAAUUUGAACCCUUAGCUUCCGACAUCACUUGCAGAAAUUGUGUGGUAACUUCAACCAUCAAAGCCUUAAAUUAUCGUGUUUACAGAGUAGUUAUAAAUAAAUAAAGUUAAAUCCAAACCAAAAGUCAAACAGAAUUACUUGGAUGCAAUGAUAUUUGACUGAUUCAAGGUGGUACGCAAACAUUCAGGUGUAGCUUAGGUCUCAGGUACAGCCAUCAGGUGUUGGUACUGAAAGUUUUUGUUGUUGGAGCUAUAACAUUCCUAACUUCAAUUACAUCACUAAUACUGAUGAUUAAGAGACAUGAUCAAAGAUGAGCUAAACAGACGUCUGAACAGAAGUUUCCAGGAUAAUGGAUCGGCUGGAGCAGUGUGCUUUAGUUUAGCAAUGUUUUAUUGUGUGUUUCACCAAAGUUGAUCGCACUACAUAAUGCUGCCCAUACUUUGCUGGAACUUGUGUGUUCGCUGAAUGUUCUGUGAAAAUGCUUCACACUUUCCUGAAACUUUUCCAGAAUUGAGAGUUUACAUUUAAAGAUUUACCAGAUCAUUUCCAGGCUUUGAGGUUUUUGGUUACUUUCCUGGAACUUACUUUCUUGGAUCUUAACAGCUACUUUCUGGAUCACACGCAACACUUUUAAGUUGUGGGUUACUUUCCAGGAACUUGUUAACUACUUUCUAUGAACUAGUUUCUUACGUUGUAGGAAAUUGGGGAAAUGGACUUCUUGAAAGUUCUAGGAAAGUAACUUCAUAUUCCUUGGGAAGCACCUAGUUAAUUAUUAGUCACGUCGUAAUAUUGUCAUUUUCUUUAAAGCAUCCAGUCAGGUCUGGAUAGAUUACCAGUAACCUCCAAGAAAGGGUUCAGGAAAAUCCUUGUUUUGAUAAGUUCUGGAAAAGAUGGGAUGUGUUAUGAAGUGGAGCCAUAAUUAGAGACUCUCAGAGGGAAAUUGCUAUGAUAUGUGGAGUGGAUGUUGGGGAAGACCGCACAUCUAUUUACUAAAAAGAAAGCCGUAAUUGUUUUUGUAUAUCUUUAAACACUUAUAAUGCUGUUUAGAUAUUUGUAUGUGAAAUGUUUCUACAGAUGCCAGCUAUUUUCAACCCAGCAUGUGCUGCAUGUACUUUAAUGCUGCUACUGCAGCAAACACGUUUUCCUAUAAUCUGUGUUUGUUUACAGACCUAUUUAAAAAUCACACUAAAGGGAAAGGUGCAUGUUGCAGCAAUAACAUGAAAACUGGAAAGCAAAAAAAGCAAAAAUAUUUUUAAACGAUAAGGGUUUUUAAGGUCUAGUGUAUCAAAAUUUUUAAAUCUAUUAGCAAUGGUUUAAAAAUGAAAUGGCUCUCAGCACUGAGGUCACUGAAAGAUCUCUGGCCAUUUCAACAAACAUAUCAGAUCUAUAUUUCUAUGCGUCGAACAAGACAAAAGAGGCUGCCUUUGUAAAUGCCUGAUUAAAUAUUUUGUACAUUUAUUAAACUCAUGUUGUUCGUAAUAGAAUUAAUUUCCCUAGCUAGGAUUUAUUUUUUCAUGUUUACUGUCUCAUGGUACUGCAGUGUAUUAAUUUAUUACAUGAAUGUUUUGUAACGAUGAUCUCAACUGUAAUGGUGCAAGUGUUUUGUGCCCACAUUAUUGCAUUGCUGCGCAUUUCAAAUAAAAAGAAAUUAUAUAUUUAAA